CACACCAUCUGCUUCUGACCGCAAAUCGUGAUCGCGACUGCCCGAGGCAACGGCAACGGCAACGGCAACGGCCACCGAUCCGAUGCCGCUACUCCACUUAGUUUCCCUUUAGUUGUAAAUUGUAGUUUCAGUAUGCCAAGUGUUUUCUCAUUAUCGUGCCAAGGCUGUCAGGAAGAGCAGAGGCAGAAGAAGAGGCAGAGGUAGUCCAGUUUCCCCAUAAUAACAUGAAAGGGAAGGGGCAGCAACACCAAACAAAAGAAUGCAUGUGUUUAUUCUACAAUAUAAAUGAAGUGUAAUAAGUUGAGUGUAAUAACGAUGCAUUAAAUCAGAAAAAAAGACACUGAAAAACCUACUUUAGAAAAAUUAAUGAUUGAAAGAGCUCUCGAUAUGUACAUAUGUAUGUCAUCCUGCUUGCAUUAUUAUUAUUACAUUGGCGCAUCACAUGCACACGCAUUCGACACAUACUACUAAAGGAGUUAAACAGGAACAGACCAGACCAGAUGUAUGCAGAUACAUAGAUAUAUGGCUGUAUAUAUGCAUGUAUUAGUUAAGCAGGAACGACCGCGACUAUGUACAAUUUACGUAUGUGAUGUGGGUAUAUAUAUAUAUGUAUAUAUAUAUACAUGGCAUGUACAUAAUUGUAAUUCUGCUAAACCGAUGAUUGUGGAAAUGUACAAUGGAGCGGCAGAUACGAGUAUGGCAGGUGGUCCAGCAGCCCAGACGAGAAACUUCCACAUAAUUAUGACCACUCAGUCAUCAGUCGCGUCAUUAGUGUCUACAUAUAUGUACAUACUAGUGGCGUUUUGCCGAAAAGAUCAUCAUAAUUUUAACAAAAACAAUAGACCAAAUACGUUUUUAAAACUAAUACCUAUAGCCACCAUAGAAGUCAACGCUAACUUAACUCAAACCACCAUUCAGUUUUAAAAGCAAUAGAACGGAUGCAGUUAUACUCUUCUGAUUUUUUUAGCAAUACUCAUUACAACAAAAGGGAUUAACAACAACAUCAACUCUAGACCUGAUCAAUUAAAACAACAACAACAAAAAAGCAAGCAUAUAAUACUUCAAACUUAAACUUCAACUCAAACACUCAAAAAACAAUAAAUAAACGAGAACCAGAAUCAGAUCGAGCCGUUUAAAAUCUAACAAAAAUUUGAACAUUCGGCAAUCAAAACCAAAGAAAAAAACAAAAAAAAGAAUAAUUAACAACCAAAAAGUUGCGAAAUUGAAAUCAAAAGUACAAAACUAUAUAAUGAAGGAUGAAUAGAGUUUAAAAAAAAUUUAAAUAAAAAUAAAAAAAAAUACACGUGAAAAGGAAUCUUGAAGAAUCAUAAAUUUAACUCUUUUCCAGCCUCACCUCACCAAGGAUAACAGAUUAAGAGAUUUUUGAACAGGAGAUGGGAUGGGAUGAUAAGAGACUAGACUAUUUAUCAGGCCUAGUAAAUAGAUAUAGAGAAUUCGACUUGACUUGUAGAUAAAUCUUUAAAGUUGUAUUAUUACCAGGUAUUGUAGAAGGAAUAGACUUGAAGUAUAUAGGGCUUGAACACAUACCCUGAAAGAACCUAUUAGACGGUACACUAUCCAAAGCAACAAAAUACGUUUUUUGAAUGCCUACUCAAGACACACUGACACCGGAACAGACAGUUUGGAAUAUCACUUACCCUAUAGCUAGCGUUUUCCACAAAAGCUAGACACAACCAACAACCAUACCCACAUAGACACCCACAUAUGUACAUGUGUCCUCACUUUCUGUAAAUAGAAUUUGAAUUUGAAAGAAAAACCAUUAACAUAAACCUUAGUAUAAAACAAGAUUUCAGAAAAGUUUUUAUAAUAUCUGGAGAGAGAUUGAUACAUAAACUAAUAAUGAAUGCUGAUUAUACAUACAUAACGCAGUAGGAAUCAGCACUCACUAAUCGAUAGCAACUAAAAAACAGACACGCCAACUACUUUCAGCACAUAACCAUAACAUAACCCUUAAGUAACCCUUACCAUAUGUGUAGUAUUAGUUACUUUCGUAAAUCGAAGAAGACAUCACUUAUGGUACAUAGUAUAUUACGAGUAUAACAUAACCCUUUAAUCGGCUGAAUCGAAUUGUUAGCUCUGUUUUAGUUUAAAAAAAAAUAUUCAGAGUGAACUUGAGGGCGGCAAGGGCAAGCUAGACAAGCCUAGAGUUUUGUAUUAUAAUUAAUUAUAUUUUUUAUACCAACAUAUGCCUGAGGAGAGGAGAAAAGAAAUAUAUAUUUAAAAAUUUGGGUGAUAUUUUUGGUCAUACGAACAAAAAAUAAGCAAAGUUAUCGGGCAAGGCAACAAAUUGUGAUGUAAAAUUUACGAAAAAUCUAAAAAAAACUAAAACUAUCCAAGUCUAAACUAAAUUGGAGCGAGCAAUCAACGAGUUUGAACAAAAAACGGUCACCAUUAAACUACCAUUACGAAGUUACGAUAUCGCGAAACCGCAACGUGUGCCUUAUUCCGGCCUUAUGUUCAAAUAACUUUCAAUAAUGCAUAACUAAAUAAACCACAUACAUAUACGGAAAAAAAACUAAAUUUAAGAAUCAAGUGAAAAUAACUACACCAAGGGAUACUAUUUGAGUAUCAUCCGAAUUAUAGUCUCAUUAUAUCUAAUGGCUGGCGCUAUAGCCAUUUUGAAAAGGAACUGCAAUGCAUCAGGAAUGUGAGUAGAACAUGCAGUGAUAUUAUAUGAAAUCGAGAUGCUGUGGGCAACCGCUAAAGAAUCGCACUGGACUGACCAGUUCUAAUCUUGGGAGUCCCAAUCAAAGAUCGGUCGGCAAUAGGAUAUUGAUACAGAAAACGAGUAUACAAAUCUCCGGCCGCCAUCAUCCUGAUGUUCAAAAUGGACGCCGCAGACUUCUGGCAGCAGGCCCGCGCACCAUUCGGACUUCACUCGGCGCUUCAUCAACACACUCCUCCGAACCAACAACAGCAGCAGCACCACCACCAUCAGCAUCAGCAUCAACAUCACCAUCAACAGCACCACCAGUCCCACCAUCCAACAAUAUCGCAACAGCAUGAUCACCAGUUAACCCCCAGUGCCAAUUCAGAUGGCACGGCUGCCAGCAACAACAGCAAUAGCAACAACCCGUCACUAAACACUAAAAUCGAAUGUAGCGGGCCUCAGCAACAUCACCACCUUCUGCAACACCAGCACCAUGAGCAGCCCUUCGGCCCCGAUUCCUUCAGGGGUCAGCUCUCGGCGCCAGCCCCGCAGCUAAGUAAUCAUCACCUGCUGUUCAACGCCGCGGCUGCCGCUGCCGCCGCAGCUCACCUCAAGUCUACAGCCCUACAGAAUAACAUUUCGCCCCCGUCAGAUCAGUCCAAUAUGCUCCGAAACUAUGGCCAUAAUCCGUUAAAUCCCGUCAUCAAGCCUAAACAAGAGCUUGACCAACAGCCGCCGCGUCUUGAUGAAAACCGCCAACAGCAGACGGAGCAGGCAUACACUGGUGACUUUUACGACGCGGGUGACGCCCCAGGCUCCGGCACGGAUGCCUCUGCAAGUGUUACCUGUACUAGUAGCGUCGGCGCUGAUCAAUUGCAAUCCAAUCAACAAAUACAACAGCAGACUUCAGGAGGUCUUCAGCAACCGCAGCCACAACCCCACCGGCAGACACAGAGUCCAGGGCCUGGAACGGUAAUGCUCAACAAACCGUUAUCACAAGGUCAGCAGUCGCCGCAGCACUCAAUAACGCCAUCUGGUGGCAGCUCUACUCCUGAAAUUAAAUUCAACAACGACAAGAUGGCCAACGAGAUACAGCUUCAGCUAUCCCGGUCGAGUAGCGCAGCCGCGAUCAGUGAACGCACCCUUGAAGAAUGUUGGUCAACCCUGCAACGAGUGAGUUGGCAUCUGUUCCGUUGUCUUUUUAUGCACAAAAGCGCUAUGCAGCAAAUACAACAACAAAUUCCUCGCGUCGGACUGGCGACGCACGGAGUUACCGGCACGCCUAGCUUGGGUGGCAAUGCUACACCCGGAACGGACACCAAGCCACAUCAGUGCCAACAGUGCAUGAAGAGUUUUUCCAGCAAUCACCAGCUCGUGCAGCACAUUCGUGUCCACACUGGAGAAAAGCCGUACAAAUGCUCUUACUGUGAUCGUAGAUUUAAGCAGCUGUCCCAUGUCCAACAGCACACGCGCUUGCACACAGGAGAACGCCCUUACAAGUGCCACCUGCCCGACUGUGGGCGAGCCUUCAUACAGCUCUCCAAUCUGCAGCAACAUCUCCGAAAUCAUGACGCCCAAGUGGAGCGAGCCAAGAAUCGUCCAUUUCACUGUAAUAUUUGUGGAAAGGGAUUCGCCACUGAGUCCAGUCUGCGAACGCACACAUCCAAAGAGCUACAGCUGCAUCUUGGUGUCUUGCAGCAGCAUGCGGCACUCAUCGGUGGUCCCAAUGCAACAUCCUGCCCGGUGUGCCAUAAGCUCUUUCUUGGUACCGAAGCACUCAUGGACCAUAUGAAACACGUCCAUGAAGAAAAGAGCCCACCUUCAAGUGGAACAGCUGCAACCCACUUUAGUGAGAUCAUCAAUUGUGCGGGUGGCAACGGAAAUGACAAUGUAUCUGGGGGCGGGCCAAUACCAAUUGGCUCACAAUGUACAUCCGAAUCCACCUGUGCAAGGAUACCUACACAUCCCCCAACUGGGAGUGGACCAAACCUCAGCGACAGCUACCUGGGAAAAAGAAGAACUGCCAAUCAUCCAUGUCCAGUCUGUGGCAAGCAUUACGUCAACGAAGGCUCUCUGCGAAAGCAUCUGGCUUGUCACGCCGAGACCUCCCAGCUCCCAAAUAGCCUCCGCAUGUGGCCCUGUAGUGUGUGCCAGGCUGUUUUCACACAUGAAAAUGGCCUGCUUACCCAUAUGGAGUCGAUGCGUAUGGAUCCUAAGCACCAGUUCGCGGCUCAAUACGUCUUGUCCCGAGCGGCAGCAGAGCAACGAGAGCGAGAGAGCAUACUAGCGGCCACUAUAGCUGCCGGCAGUGGUGCUGCCAGUGGAAUCGGAGUUGGAGAGGCGAGAAAUGUGCUGCCUAUGGGUGUGACAAACUCAGGGGGAUCCAACUCAAAGUGCCCGUCACCAUCAGCAAACUCGGAAUGUUCGUCGAACGGGCGACUUUCAUCGUCAUCAACUUCCGAUCAAGAUCACGAACAUGAUCACGAUCACGGCCUAAGUGAAACCGAGAACAGUAGCCACAACAAUAUCAGCAGCACCAAUAACAACACCCUUUGCGCGAACAACAACAACUGCAAUUCCAGCAAAAUGAACGAGCUGCGUCUUCCGAAUUCGAGUCAAUACAAUAUGGAUACCGGGCUGCACGUUGCCAAUCGAAUGUCACUAAUGGCAGCAGCAGCCGCAGCUGUAGCAGCAUCCCGACCACCACAGGAUGGGAUUGACUGUUCGAAUGUUCCCAGUGCGGCCGUCCAAGCUGCUGUGGUUAAUCUUGCCGCUGCUAUGCGUAUGAACAAUCCCAACAAUGGUUCUACUGCACUUGUAAGCCACUCCGCGCAUCCCCAUUCCAUCCAGCACCAACAGCAUCUCGGCGAACAUCCUUUACCCCACCAUCAGCACCCUCAUCAUCUUCAGCAACAGCAGACACCACAGCACCAUCAACAGCAGUUGUCACAUUUGUUAGGGCACGGGCACUCUCACGGGAACAAUUCCCGCCGUUCGCCGAACAUAAAUGUGCCGAGCUUGCAGAUGCAAAACGAGUCAUCAGCUAACGCGUCGUCCGUUGCGAUGAACAUGAACGUUAACAUGAUGCGUGGCUCCAUAGAACCAGACUCAACACUAGGAGGAAUGAAUCCGAUAGAGGCCCUCCAUCAUCAGCAACAACAUCAUCACCAGGCGUCAACUUAUUCACAGCACGCAGUGGCUCCUACUACUCAGCAAGCCCAUUCACAACACAGUCACCACCAUCCAGAAACCGCUCUUCGCAUGCACCAGCAGGCCGAAGCAAUUCUGCGCUCCCAUGAGGUGGCAUUUCGUUUGGCUGCCAGUACCGGCGUCAAAAGCGAAUCAGAACAGCAACAGUCAAUUGGUGGCAAUGGCAAUGUCAGUGCUAACAGUAACGAACAGCAUCGAUUCCCGACACAUCAGCAAGAGCAACAAGUACCGUCGAGCUCAUGAAGCUUGGCGGUGAUUGAGCCCAGUAGGAUAGGUACAGAUAGAAAUACAGAAUCAAGUACAACGAUUUCGUAAUUGCGUCGAUUGCAGCAGUUAAAAUAGAAUUAAAUAUAUAUAUAUAUAUAUUUAUGUGCAAACUUCUAUGAAUAUACUAUAUACUAUAAAUGAGGUACAUAUUUCCAUAUGUAAAUGCGAUUCCGUUUGUAUGUACUUACAACAGUGCCCGUAAGUCAGUGUGCAAUAUUAUAUGGAUCGUCACUUAUCGGAAACAGAUUAGAAAUCAUGUAAAAAAUCCUUUGUGUUAUGUUUACGUUUAUAAGAUUAAAGAAAUAAAUCACUUGUAGAUGGAUUUGCUUGGGUCCGCGGGAGGUCAGAAUCGGAUCUCCUAUAUAUGUAUGUAUAUAUACAUAUAAAAGGAGCACUAAGUUGCCAUGUACCUCUUGCCUGAACAGGGUGAUAUCCGAAAUUUGGAAUUCCUGACAUGCAUCUAAUAAAUUCACUGGAAAUUAACGUU